UUAGCAGUAGUGAAAUACCAAAAUGAGUCGCCGUCGAAAGGGUGCUCCUCCCAUGAGGAUGAAUGAAGAGAAAAAGAAGCAACUCUGCUGGAAUAUGCAUGAUGACCAGAAAAAUGAAAUGAUAGAUUUAGAUAUAAUGGGUGAAGACCAUCCUGUUGCAGGUACAAGUUCAUCUUCUACUGCACUUAUUGUGAUAAAUGAUGAUCGUGGGCAUGAAGACUUGACUCACAAAGAAGAGAACCUAAAAUCCCCAAACUUCUCAACACUCAUAGAUGAAGCAGAAGAUUGUUGUCAUCCUUUGCCAUCUAUAUCCAUACGGCUAAAUAUUUUGAUACUUCCUUAUUGUCCUGAUCCUCCCUGGAAAACCUUGUUUGGAGAAUUUACACUUCAGCUUCUUCCUGAACAACAUUUAAAUGAGAAUAUCCAGAAAAAGGGGUUGACGUUGAUGACAGCAGAAGUUAGUGAUCAUCUGCAUAUUCUUGUCCAUGCGAAUGAUAUUGUAAAGGUGGACAAAGGGGAAGAAUCAUUACAGAGUACUUAUGAAGUAGAUCUGUUAGUUGAAUCAUCUUUAAAUAAUGAAAUUUUGGAAAAUUUAAUGUGGCUGCAGAAGAAAAAAGUAAUUGUACUGUAUCACAGACCUGGAGAUGCCCACUAUUUAAAGGUUGGAAUAUAUCUCCUUGAACUUGGCAUAAGUAAGUUAGAAUUCCUUAGUGAUGGUGGGGGAAGAAUAAGAAAGGCCAAUCUACUCCUUCAGAAACUGAUGGAAAAAUUUUACCACUUUGUAAUUCCAGACAUUCUGGAAGAAGAUGAGGAGUCUGACAGGGAUAUAGAACGGCAAAAUAUUGAAGAGCUGUAUGACUAUGUGAGGCAUGUACACCAAAAAGAGAUAAAGUUUUUAAAGGAGAAUGUACAACAUUCUGCAUUGAUUCCUGUGCUCAGGCCAUAUCAAAGUGAGGCUGUAAAUUGGAUGCUGCAACGUGAGAACUUUAGAAAUAUACCUACCAAUGCAAAUGCCCUUCACUACUUAUGGAGAGAGUUUAUUACUCUAGAUGGACUAAAGCUCUACUAUAAUCCUUUUACUGGCUGUGUGAUUCAUGACAGACCUGCUGCUGGACCUCAGUGGCCUGGAGGAAUAUUAGCAGAUGAGAUGGGCCUUGGAAAAACAGUAGAAGUUUUGGCUCUUAUUUUGAUGCACACUCGUAAGGAUGUCAGGCAAGAUGCUCUGAUGUUGCCAGAGGGGUUUUUAGUAAACUUCUUUGUUCCACCACAACCUGCUGAAGGAAGUAAAAAGAAAAACAUAAUGAAAAUGGAAUUUGCAUUGAAGGAAAAGAUCCAGUAUCCUAGUUUGCGAGUGAUGCUUUUAACAGCUAUAAAAGAAAUGAAUGUGAAGAAGGGAGCAUCGAUUGUUGCAAUUUUUAAGUAUGUCCAUGCCAUGUAUAAAUACGAUGUUCAGAGGAACCGUCGGAUUCUUAAAAGAACUCUGGAAAAAUUAAUUGCUGAGAAGGUCAUAGAGCAGGUCAAAGGCCAUGGUCUUGCUGGCUCUUUCAAACUGGGCAGAAACUACAAGGAACAGAUGUUUUGUAAUAGAUCCAAAAAACAGAAAAUGCAAACUUCAAAUAGGUCUCAGAAGAAAAUUUUGCCAAAUCAUAACACUAAAAUCAAAGAAUUGGAUGAUAAGGAUGCAUGUUCUACAAAUGUUCUAAAGUUACCUCAGGUGAUAGACAUUACAGCAGAAGAACAUGAUUACUGUGCAACAAACAAAGAUACUAGUGAAUCGAACCUGGAUUCUAAGAGUUGGAAAACUAAAGAUUCUCAGUGUAGACCAACUGGCAAUGUGCUUAAAGCCAAAGAUGGGAUAUGCUGUAGUGUUGCUGUUCCUAAAAAUAUGGAUGAAACUGAAGUGAUGCAAGAUGUCUUAGAAGACCAGUCUUCAGUCUGCCAAGAACACACUAGUAUCUUUAAACAACACCCUGGUUCUAUUUUUCCAUUCAACACCUCUGAUUACCGCUUUGAAUGCAUCUGCGGUGAGCUUGGCUUGGUUGACUAUAAAGCUCGUGUACAGUGCCUGAACUGUCACCUGUGGCAGCAUGCUGAGUGUGUGAAUUAUAAAGAAGAAAACCUUAAGAUCAAGCCCUUUUACUGUCCCCAUUGCCUUGUAGCAAUGAAACCAGUUCCUACAGGAGCAACUCUCAUCAUCUCUCCAAGUUCAAUCUGCCAUCAGUGGGUUGAUGAAAUCAAUAGGCAUGUGAGGUCAUCUUCCCUUCGUGUGUUGGUUUAUCAAGGAGUGAAGAAGCAUGGCUUCUUACAGCCUCACAUCUUAGCAGAGCAGGAAGUAGUGAUCACUACAUAUGAUGUUCUCCGUUGUGAGCUGAAUUAUGUUGACAUUCCACACAGCAAUAGUGAAGAUGGGCGCCGUUUCAGAAACCAGAAACGUUACAUGGCCAUUCCUAGUCCCUUGGUGGCUGUGGAGUGGUGGAGAAUUUGCCUAGAUGAAGCACAGAUGGUAGAAUGCACCACUGCAAAGGCUGCAGAAAUGGCACUCCGUUUGAGUGGAAUCAACCGCUGGUGUGUCAGUGGCACACCGGUACAGCGAGGACUGGAAGAUUUGUAUGGAUUAGUACUUUUCCUUGGUGCUGAUCCUUAUUGGGUCAAAUAUUGGUGGGAUCAGCUUCUGUAUCGACCAUACUGCAGGAAAAACACACAGCCUCUCUACAACUUCAUAGCCAAGAUAAUGUGGAGGUCAGCAAAGAAGGACGUGAUUGACCAAAUUCAGAUCCCUCCUCAGACAGAAGAUAUACACUGGCUGCAUUUUUCUCCUGUGGAGAGACAUUUUUAUCAUCGCCAACAUGAGGUGUGCUGCCAGGAUGCAUUGGUAAAACUCAGGAAGAUUUUGGAUUGGUCCCUCAAACUUAGCAGCCUGGAUAGGAGGACAGUGACUUCCAUUUUGUACCCUUUGCUGCGUCUGAGACAGGCCUGUUGUCACCCACAAGCUGUCCGUGGAGAAUUCUUGCCUCUGCAGAAAAGCACAAUGACAAUGGAAGAGCUUCUAACAUCUCUGCAGAAAAAAUGUCGGACAGAAUGUGAAGAAGUCCAUCGCCAAUUGGUGUGUGCUCUUAAUGGCUUAGCUGGUAUACAUAUUAUUAAAGGAGAAUAUGCUUUGGCAGCAGAUUUGUAUAGAGAGGUACUACGUUCCUCUGAGGAGCACAAAGAGAAGCUCAAAACAGAUUCAUUGCAAAGACUUCAUUCUACACACAAUCUGAUGGAACUCCUGGCAGCAAAUCAUCCUGGGAUAUCACCCACUUUACGAGAUGGCAGACUUAAGGAAGAGUGUGAACAACUCCGCCAGCAUUAUAUGAGUAAAUCAAAUGCAGAAGUUGCUGAAGCUCAUCAGGCUUUGCAACCAGUUAUACAGACAAUCCAUGAACUCCAAAAGAAAAUACGCUCCAGUUCGCCUUGGUGGUUGGAUGUGAUUCAAUCAGCAAUACAGUAUGCAAUAGAUGAGGAGCUUGUACAGCGAGUGCAAAAUGAUCUAACCAGCAAUUACAAACAGCAAAUGAAUAAGCUCUCUAUGGCAGAUAAGUUCCGUGACUGCAGAGGACUGCAGUAUUUGCUGACAACUCAAAUGGAAGAAGUGAAGAAACUGCAGAAGCAAGUGAGAGAGGCUGUGAAAAAUUUGGAAGGGCCUCCUUCCAGAAAGGUUAUCGAGGCUGCCACUAUCUGCCAUCUGCGGCCUGUAAGAUUGCCGCUCAACAACUGUGUCUUUUGCAGAGCUGACGAACUGUUCACAGAAUAUGAAUCAAAACUAUUCUCCCACACUGUAAAAGGCCAGAUGGCGAUCUUUGAAGAAAUGAUAGAAGACGAAGAAGGCCUGGUUGAUGAUCGUUUGCCUACCACCAGCAGAGGUCUCUGGGCAGCAAGUGAAACUGAGCGAUCCUUGAAAGCGGUAUUGUCUUUUGCCAAAGCUCAUAGGAUAGAUUCCAAGGCAAUUGAAGAAGGCAACAUCUUUUUGGAACUUUUUGAAGCAUGGAAGAAGGAAUAUAAGUUGCUUCAUGAAUACUGGAUGGUCUUGAGAGACCAUGUUUCUGCCAUUGAUGAACUUGCCAUGGCCACUGAACGUCUUAGAAUGCGUCAUCCAGAGGAGCCAAAACCCAAUCACCCUGUUCUUCACAUAAUUGAGCCACAUGAGGUGGAACAAAAUCGAGUGAAACUUUUGAAUGACAAAGCAGUUGCCAAAUCACAGCUCCAGAAGAAACUAGGCCAGCUACUCUACCUCACUAAUUUAGAAAAGUCUCAAGAUAAAACAACUGGAGGAAUUAAUCCGGAGCCCUGCCCAAUUUGUGCACGGCAGCUGGGAAAGCAGUGGGCAGUGUUGACAUGUGGACAUUGUUUCUGCAAUGACUGCAUAGCUAUUAUUAUAGAACAAUAUAGCGUUGGCACCCGCAGAAGUUCAAUCAAGUGUGCCAUCUGCAGGCAAACAACUUCACAUAAAGAAAUCUCCUAUGUCUUCACAGCAGAGACUGCAAACCAGGAGGAUGAUAUACCUGUGAAGGGAAGCCACUCAACUAAAGUGGAAGCUGUGGUUAGAACUUUAAAGAAAAUUCAGUUCAAAGAUCCAGGGGCAAAAUCUCUAGUUUUCUCAACGUGGCAAGAUGUGCUUGAUAUCAUUGCAAAAGCUUUGCAUGAUAACAACAUGGACUUUGCUCAAAUCAAUGGAAUUCACAAAUUUCAGGAAAACCUCUCUGCAUUUAAAUAUGAUCCCAAGAUCAACAUACUGCUUUUGCCUCUCCAUACUGGUUCUAAUGGUCUAAACAUAAUUGAAGCAACUCAGGUACUGCUGGUUGAGCCCAUAUUGAAUCCAGCUCAUGAGUUACAGGCCAUUGGCAGAGUGCAUCGCAUUGGGCAAACUAAGCCCACCAUCGUUCAUAGAUUCUUGAUUAAAGCAACAAUAGAAGAACGUAUGCAGACAAUGAUGAAAACUGUGGAAAGGAGUCACUCUAAUUCUUCCAUGAAACAGUCGGAGGCCUCUGUGUUAACUGUAGCUGAUUUGGCAGAUCUUUUCUCAGAAGAAACCGAAGAACUUGGAUGAAAUAAUCUAUUUCAGAUUUUCUGAGAUGGAAGGGGGCCAUGACCUACCUGAUUUCUAAGUAACACGAUAGUAUGAGUUAACUUUCAGAAAUUCCUGUAGAUGUCACCAACUACUCAUUCAUUUUAGGAUGAUGUAUUGGUAAAUAAUUUAGGAUCUCUGAUUGUGAAUUACUUCAACGUAUUAUUUUGGUUAAUCAAAAUGCACUUUAUUUAGAAAUUAAUGAACUAUAACUUUGUACUUCCAAAGAACCUAAGCACCAUAAUCCCAUAACCCACCUUGGAUUGUGCAUAAAAUCGUUAUUUCAGCGUAGUUUGUUACAUCAGAAAAUGUAUUUAUAUGCAUUUCUAUGUAUUUUCACUGCAGUUGAAAGCAGUGGGAACAAAUAGAUGUUUGGUUGCAUAUAUAAUUUAUGCCUAGAAUUCCUGAACUAAGAGAAUUAAAUAAGAGACACAUGUUAUUGUUUGUUGCUGGAUCAAGGUGUUCAACUAAACACUGAAGGAAUAAUAAUUUGUAUGGCAAGAAGGAUGUCAUGAAUCAGGUAUUGUCUCCAUUUCAUUUUUGCAGUUAAUUAUUAAAAUAAAUUUCAAAAUAAACUUACAUUUUUGAAAGGACUUCUAGCGAUGCUCCCAUGUUAUCAUGCAAGUAACAGUUUAUCAUUUAACCUUAAACUGCUAAUUUUUAGAAAUCAUUUCAGUUUUUGUAAUAAUAUUUAUGCUCUGGUAUUCCAAUUUAAAUUUUUGUUUUUUCUUGUUUAUAUGUUUGCUGUUAAUGUGUGCUAUUCUCUUUGUAAAUUAUGUCUUUUGUAUGAUCUUUGUCUUAAAAUGAUAGCUAAACACAUUUGUUUAUCAGAUUUUUAAAGAUUCUUAAAAUUGUAUUGGUUUGUUUAAAAUUUGGUUAUUUGUAGUCUGUUAAAAAUGGUAAUGCUUCCUCUUGCAUUUAACUUUGAUCUGAUUGCGAACAAAGUAUGACAAACUUGCAAAUUACUAUUUUGUUGUAUUGCUUGUUCAGUUUUAAUAGCAAAAUACUAGUCAUUAAUAUUAGAUAUAAAAAAUUAAAUGUAUCCAAACAGUGGUGAAUUUAAUAGUAGUAAAACUAAACUCGCUGAGAUUUCAUAUGAAUUUCUUAGAUAGUAUCUGUAUAGAAUCAUCUUAUUAAAAUUGAUGGUUAUAGAUAGGGAAAGGCUAGGAUGCAGAUUUAAAAUAACAUUUGAAGGCUGAAAGUUUCAUUGUGGAUAUUUUAUGUUGCCAACCUUCUUUCCUGAGCAUUACUCCCACUUGGAGGCCUCAGGAAGGCUAGUUUUUUUUGUUUUUUUUAAUGCAGAAAAUGGGACAGUGUGCAUGUAUUAAUACAACAUAUUGAGAAUAGCCAAAUAUACUGGAAAAAAUAAUAGAGCAGAUAAAACUGAUUUGCAUUUUUUAGAUUUGGAACCUUGAACGCUGUUGAUUCAGCCACCUUUGCAAAAUUUGCUUUGGUUGAAUCAUUUACUCUUGCACAUAGCAAGUAAUUCCUGUCUUUUAACAUGGGAAUAAGUGAUUUAACUACUGGGUUUUAUAGGAAAACAAAAAAAUAGAUGGCAAAUCUGAGUUCUCCCACACCGCCAAUAAUUGAAUCUUCCUAUUUUUGGAAAUGUAUUCUGAGACUUAAUGGGAAAUGUCCUUGGUUUAAGGUUGGAUUAGAGAUUCCCUGGGGCUUACUGGCUUGGCAGUGUGUCCUUGGUUGCUAGAGCGAGAGUUUGUGCUUGAAUGGUAUGUAAACAUGAUUUUACUGUAACUAACUUUCAGCUGCUUACUUUUAAUUAAAGUUUUUUAAAGUAUCA